AAGCUACCUGCGAAAAGGAAUUUCUUGAGAAUGGGUGAUAAGGCGGAUUGGGGUGAUACUUUUUUAAGGCAUUUGAUUGAUGCUUGCAAAGAAGAGAUUGAAGCAGGGAAUAGGCCGAUGGGAAUUUUCACUACUACCGGUUGGAAGAACGUUGUUUCCAAGUUUGCAGAAAAAUCCGGUGAUACGAGAACAAAACAACAAUUGAAGAACAAGUUAGAUCUUCUGAAAAAGGAGUAUGUCACGUUUAUGGAGUUCAAGAAUUGUGCAACUGGUCUUGGAUGGGAUGAGGCAAAACAAACUAUUGACUGCUCAGAUGAAUGGUGGGACGAACACCUUGCUAGAUGCAACAAUCGUGAGAAAGGAAUCAAAUGCCACCAUAUAAAGUUUCGAAAACAAGGACCCAAGUUCCUCGAUGACCUGCAUAUCUUGUUUGGCAAGGCACAUGUAACUGGGUCUUCUGCAUCCUGUCCUGGAGAUAUAUCAUCCGAUGAGGCAAGUGAUGAUAAUGUGGAUGAGGUAGUGAAACCUACGCAGAAGGAUAUGACAGUGAACCUAGGAAAAAGGAAACGCAAGGGUACCUCUAUUGGUGUUGAAGAGAAGGAUGAGAAGAGCCCAUUCUUUCGUUUGUACAAGUCCACUUGUUUGAAGAUAGAAUGGAUGAUACAUUGGGAGAUGUGGCUAAAGGAGGGCAAAAAGGACUACUACUGCUAG